UUUCCCCUGGUACAAGCGAACUACGCUUCCCGUCAGCCAAUGCGCGCUUAGACGUCCUUGCGUCACACAGGAAUUGCACGAGCGCAGUUCCAGGCAGGCGGUUAAACCGAGAGGAGUGGAGGGCCCGUGUUCGUGGUAUUCCGAAGAACGAGUUCGGUGCGCACCAGACCCAACAGCCAGGCAGCCCUGCUUCUUCAGGCUCGGUGUGGAAGGGCGCCUCUGCGGACUGCCUUGUCUACGUAGCUGUACCGAGUGACGGCAGAGCCUCGGGCCGGCGUGACCCGAGGAGGAGUCGGCCGGAUGGCGGCAGCCGGAGGAGGAGGAUUAGGCACAGGAGGCAAAAUCCGAAGCCGGCGGUAUCACCUGAGCUCUGGAAGGGCCCCAUACACCAAGAACCGUCAGCAGAACCAGCAGGGUAUCAUUGGUCGUGUUAAGGAUACUGUGAAGAGCAUAGUUCCAGUUUGGUUGCAAAAAUAUUUUAACAACGUGGAUGAGGCUCAUGAGGUUUCUCCACACACAAAUGAACCCGAGGAGCAUGUGGACAUACAGAAUGAUGUAGAAAAUGACCAUUUUGCAGAUCAGGAGAGGCUGCCACUUUUUGGCAGGGCUGCCCCAGAACCUGUUAAGAUCCAGUCUGACCCAGCCACAAAUCAGGUGAUGAUGAAUAGUCCGGAUGUACUAACAAGACCUUCACUACAUCGGGCCAAUCUAAACAUUGUUUUGGACUCUCCAGCACUUAAUUGCCAGCCUUCUACUUCUGGCUUUUCAUUAGUUAAGGAAAUUAAGGACUCUGCAUCUUUACAUGAUGAUGACAACAUUUCCACAACCAGUGGAUUUUCUUCUCGGGCAUCUGAUAAAGAUGUUGCUAUUACAAGAACUGGGAACGCUCCCAUAUUGUGGUCUCCUGAAGCUGAGCGGACACAUGAUGUUUCACAAAACUCGUCCUUUAAUUCUAAGAAACCUACGUUUAAUCCAUCUUCCUUUUCCUCAUUUUUACCCAAUUCAAGUCGGCUUGGGGAUUCCCCCUUUUACCCAGGCAAGACAACCUACGGAGGUGCAUCUGCAGCUUGUCAAUCCAGGGUCCGAAGCACUCCAUACCGGGUACCAGUGAAAAAACAAGUUGUAGCAAAACCUGCACAUGCUACAUAUGGUGUAACAAGUCUAGCUGCGCGCCGCAUCCUGCAAUCUUUAGAGAAAAUGUCAAGUCCAUUGGCGGAUGCUAAGAGAAUACCUUCCGUUCCUUUUGUUUCGCCAUCGGCAGCAGAGAGAAGUUUCUCAGGAGAAAGUUCAUCUAAAAGAAAGAAGGUGGAUUCAUCACUUCCCCCAGUACAGAAGCUGGUUACACCACAGUCUAUUUCUGUACCCUCUAGCCUGAGGAAAAUAAGACCUUCCCUUUCAUCCACGCUGAGCAAUGCAAGCAGUUGCAGAACUCAAAGUUCUGAUAAGCACAAAGCUAAAGGGAAUUAUGAACCUGCUACCCCACUUCAGCAAACUAGUUUUGUAAUUCUUUCAAACAGCUUAUCCUACCCCACCUUCAGUACCCCUGCAUCAAAUGGCUUUGCUUCAGGAAGAGGUGGAGGCAAAAUGAUGAGGGAGCGUGGGUCAACAAAGCCAUCCGAGGAGGAGGUAGAGGUUCCCAUUCUACCUGCAGUACCCUUGCCAAUAAGUAUGACUGCACUUCCAAAAUUUAGUUUAAACAUGGAACAGAAGACUUCACCACUUCCUGUGAGACAACCAGUUUCUACUAAGGUAAAUAGCACCACUUCUACUGAUGCUACGGGCUUUAACUUCUCACAGCCAGUUGUGAAAGCUAUCCGCCCCAGUGAAGAGCCAACUACAUCUCCAGUGGGUUUUACCUUUAGAGCGCCAGCUUUAAAGACCACUUUACCACAUGAAAAUACAAAAUCCAUGCUGAACAAUACUGAAAUUACAUUAAAAGUGAAAGCACCCAUAUUGAUGAAUAGUAGCAGUGCAAAGAAGGCUGAGGAAGAAGUAGUCUGUAAACCAGCACAAUCAUUAAAAGAAGGAAGUGUGCUGGAUAUUCUGCGGAGCCCAGGUUUCCAGUCUACAAGUUCCCAACAAACCAGAACAACUCCUGCUAAAAGUGCAGUUUCCAGUCCUAAGCCUUUGAUGUUUGGGCAGAGCAGCAAACAGGCCUUGGGAAUAUGGUAUUGUGAUUGCUGCUUGGUUGAGAACAAGGCUUCGGACAGUAAAUGCGUAUGUUGCAGUACUGUGAAAGACCAAGCUACGGAGGUCACAAAGCAGCCUACUACUUUGGCACCAACCACAGCUUUUAAAAACACAUCCCCUUUGAAAUGUGUACAAGGAUUUGGGGACAUGUUUAAAGCUGCCCCUGGGACUUGGGAUUGUGAUACAUGUUUAGUACAGAACAAAUCCGAGUCAUCAAAAUGUGUGGCUUGUGCAUCUCCAAAACCUGGAACUGGGGCCAAAGAUCCCUUACUUGUUCUUCCUACAACAAAGCCGGAUAUGCUUGUUGCACCACCUGACAAUGGCCUUACUUUAUCACCAAGUCUUAAAUUUGAGGAACUGGCCAGAAAGCCUAUAGGAUCAUGGGAGUGUACAGUGUGUUGUGUGCAGAAUAAAGCAGAAGAUAGCAGCUGUGUGGCCUGCACAUCUCCCAAGCCAGGUGUGUCAACUACUUUGCCAGCUACAUCCUUUCCAGCUUCUCUACCAGCUUCCCAAGCGGAACCACAAGGUUUUGGAAAGUCGUCCUUUUCUUCGGAACCUUCAUUUCCACCUGUUAAGUUUGGACUGCCGCCAUCAAGUGAAACUGGAGAACAAAAAUCAAGUUCCUCCACUGACUCGAGUUCAAAUACAAAUAAAACUGGCUUUUCUUUCACAUUUGGUCAAAGCUCUAAGACAUUAGAUGAGAAGAAAGACAAAGAUGUAACUUUUGGAACUGCCACAAGCAACACUGUUUCAGCGCCUUUUAAGUUUGGCUUUACUAGUUCUGCUCCUGCAGAGAAGGAUGGUGCUGCUAAACCUUUGACAACUGACUUUCAAUUUGGAACCAAACCUGAGAGCUCUAGUAAUGCUAGCUUACUUGGCCUAUCUGCCAAGGAAAAAUCUGACAUCACACCAACAUUUGGUUUAAAGAAACCAGAAGAGAAAAAAACUGACACUCCUGUGGCUGGUGGAUUCACAUUUGGUAAAGUAGACCAGAAGGAAUCUGCUUUACCCUUUGCUUUUGGGAAAAACGACGAGAAAACCGAAUCUACACCAACGGUUACCUCCUCCUUAUUUGGCUCCAAAAGCGAUGCAGACCAGCCAAAGUCCUUUGUAUUUGGUAAACCUGAGGCAGGCAAGGCUGAUGCGUCAGAACUAAGCUCAUUUGCAUUUGGGGCGCCAAACCCUACGGAAAAGAAGGAAGCAGAUCAGCCAGCAAAACCAGUCUUUUCUUUUGGCUCUUCUGCCACAGAAACAGGCUCUUCAAAGCCAGUAUUUGGCUUUCCAGGCAGUGGAUCCUCGAGUGCCCCUCAGUCAAGUAAUAUUGGAAGUUCCACCAGUGUAUUUGGCAGUGUUCCUCAGACAAGUUCUAGUAAUGUUUUUGCCAGUGCUGUACAGUCCAACACUGCUGCUCCAGCUGCUGGUUCCCCCGCACCUUCUAGUACUGUGUUCAGCAGUUCAACUUCAUUGACGGUACCUACUGGGCCUAGCAAUGUUUUUGGUGCUGCCCUGUCUUCGAACACUCCUGCAGGUUCUAGCGGUAUAUUUGGAAGCGCUCCAGCUUCAGGGACUACGACCAGUUCAAGCAUUGUUUUUGGCAGCGUGGCCUCUGUGAAUACAUCAAGUUCAAGCAAUGUUUUUGGAAGUGCAGCUCCUACAAACACUUCAGCAACUUCCAACACUUUAUUUGGAAAUUCCAGUACAUCUACAAACCCAUCCAGUGUACCCUUUGUAUUUGGGCAGCCCGCUACUACAGCAGGUGGUGCUAUGUUUGGCAGUAGCAAUGAAUCUAAGUCAACAUUUGCUUUUGCUGGCCAGGAGAAUAAACCAGCAGAAACAUCUGCAAGUGCAGCUCCUGCCGCACCUUUUUUGUUUGGUGCAGGUACUUCAACACCAGCUGCUACGGGCUUUAGCUUCGGGGGGACAAAUACCUCCAAUUCAACAGGUACCAGCUCAACUCCAUUCAUCUUUGGCGUAAAUCAGUCAGCACCAGCUGCACCUGGCCUGGCUGCUGCCACUUCUGUACCAACUUUUGGGAAAACUGUUGCCCAAACUAAUGCCCCAGCUUUUGGUGCGCCUGUGUCUGGCUUUCCCUCUGGUUCCCAGACUGCCCCAAGUUUUGGGUCUAUGUCAAGCACUGUACAGCCCCCAGGCUUUGGACAGCAAAGUACACAGCCUACUUUUGGAGCCAAUGCAGCUCCUCCUGCUGGUGGUUCUUUUCAGUUUGGAGGUGCAAACUUCAACUUUGGUGGUGCAAGCUCAACAGGAGUAUUUACUUUUGGUUCAAAUUCUGGUGCUAACCCGGCACAGCCUGGCAAUUCUAGUUUUGCAUUUAAUCAGACUCCAUCCUUUAAUAUGGGAAGUAAUGGAAAGACAUUAACCCCAUCUUCAAUUUCUAAUCGAAAAAUUAAGACUGCUAGACGAAGAAAAUAGAAAACUGAUACAUUUGAGCUAUCAGCUGCUUCUGAGAGAUGGUGUCCUGCAUUGUGCAAAUACUGGAGUGUACCUCAUGCUGUGUUUAGUUGAAGUCAGAUCUAUUCAAGGACAAUACAAUCUGAAAGUACCACCUAACCCUUUCUUUUCUCCCAGUUCAAAAAA